GUGUGUGAAUGAUCAUACUGAAUCAGUCACUCAGAAUCGCUGUUGUUAAAUCGCUACAAUAUACAACACCGAGUUGCAGUACCUUCACUUUAUUGAUUUUUUAUCUUUCUAUAUUGUUUAUCGAUCUACUCGAAGUUUAGUUUCAUUUUAAUAAUCGAUUCUUGUGCGUCAAUAUAAGCGCUGUGUAAUGAAGAUUUUAACUGUCGUCUGUUUGUUAAUUGCGGUAGCGCAAUGCCAAAUAAUAAAUACAAAUUUUCUGAACGACAUAUUCUCAAACAUAAACCACCAGCUGCAAACAGACAUCCAAAACCAUGUCCGUGAUGUCCAGCAGAAAAUAAAUGACAAUGUCCGGAAUGAACUGUCCAAAGUCGAUCAAUUAUUGACCGAAAUUCGACAACGUCCGAUCCCAUUACCGAGCAGCGGACAAACAAUAAUCGUUAAUGGCGGUAGUAGGUCUUCACACACGGUGCUUUCAGGUACGACCCCCGAUGGCGAACCAUAUUUUCGAGAUAUCGAGGAUCGAGUUGAUGGAAACUUUUUGCACCGCACCGAGACUAUUUACAACCCGAAGCUCAGAAGUAUGGAAAAAUAUCAUUACACCCUUGACUUGACCAAGCCUAAUGCCAAGCCCGUUCUGGUUUCAGACACAAUCGAGCCCAAUGAGAAAGCCUGAAAUUUUGAUUUACUGUUGGGUUAAAUAU